AUGUUCCCUGAAACUCUGCUGCUGCUACUGGCAGCUGUCUCCUGUGUUCACUGUCAGGUCGUACUCACACAGGCUGAACAGUCAGUCCAGGGGACCCCUGCAGGAUCCCUCAAACUCACAUGUGCCUGUAGUGGAAUCACUCUAAGCAGCAGUUAUAUGCACUGGAUUCGCCAAGCACCUGGAAAAGGACUUGAAUGGAUAAUUUACUAUUAUUCUGACAGUAGUAAGAGCAAUGCCCAGGUAGUACAGGGCCGAUUCACUGCAUCAAAGGACAGCUCUAAUUUCUAUCUCCACAUGAGCCAGUUGAAGCCAGAGGACUCUGCAGUGUAUUACUGUGCUAGAGACUCACUAUGUCGCCGGCGCCCAAGUCACUGUGAUGCUUUUGACUACUGGGGAAAAGGGACACAAGUCACCGUCUCAACAGCACCCCCCACCCCCCCCACACUGAUUAGCAUCAGGAAGACAAAAUAUGCUUCUAACAAUGUCUACAGCAUCGGUUGUCUCGCUACCGGCUUUUCACCUUCCUCACUCACAUUCAAGUGGAAAGAUGCCAGCGGGAGUCCGCUGACGGACUUCGUCCAGUACCCGGCAGUCCAGAGUGGGGGAGCCUACACAGGACUCAGUCAGCUCCGUGUGGCUGAGAACGUCUGGGGAAACUCAAAGUCUUUCAUUUGUUCUGUGGAACAUCUUGGAAAGGAAACGACAGCAGUCAUCAAUAGACCAGUCCUAAAGUCUCCAACAGUGUCUUUGCUGUCGGGGCCCAUUGGCACCACCCAGUACCUGAUGUGUAUGAUUGAAGAUUUCACCCCCAAUAAAGUCACUGUCACCUGGAAGAAGAAUGACAUGGAGGUGGAGGGCCAAAUCACUACUGUAGGCAAACAGCUGUCAGGCCUCUACUCAGGCAGCAGUCUGCUGAAGGUCAACAACACUGACUGGAACAACAAGGUCAAGUACAGCUGUGUGGUGCAGCACCAGGGACCACCCACCAUCAAGACAAUCUCCAAAACAGAACCACUGACGGUGACUCUGAACCCACCGCGUGUGAGAGAGGUGUUCUUGGACAACCAAGCAGUGCUGGAAUGUGUCAUCACUGCUACAGACCAGGACACGGUGUCUGGUACCACUAUCACCUGGCAGGUCAAUGGACGGGACAAGAUGGAUGGCAUCGAUCUGAAAGAUAUUGAAUCAAAGGGCAACCUGAACAGCAGGGUCAGUACUCUGACCAUAGACCAGACGGAGUGGACCAAUGUGAACAAAGUCCAGUGUUCUGCCAUGAAGAGUGGUGAAGACACACCGGUCAUUCAGGACAUCAGCUUCACCAAAGGUAGUCGAGCCCUUUCAGUGUCCGUCCACCUUCUCCCGGAGGAAGACACCAGGGAGGAGGAGACUGUGACUCUGGUGUGCCUGGUGGUCAUCCCGUCUCUCUAUGACGUCUACAUCAUGUGGCAGGUGAACAGCAGCCAGUACCAGGAGGGGGUCACCAGCCCCCCUCAGAAAACCCAGAAAGGCGACUACUCUAUCACCAGCGUCUUCACCACCACCAAGGAUAAGUGGGAGACAAACGUGCUUUUCACAUGCGCCGUCAAGGACCUCGGCUCGGACAACAACACCGCACCUAAAGAGAGGAGUGUGUCAAAGUCCUUGGGUAACUCAUGUGAAGACAAGUGAUAUUAAUCUGUGUGUGUUGUGUCGUUGUGUCUCCUUAUUGACUCCUCUGUGGGUCAGAAUAGCCAAUUACUAGGCGU